GGCUGCCUCUUCCCGGAGGAAGAUGGCGGCCGUGACCGCUCUGAGGAGCAGCUGCAGGACCGCGGGGCGCCUGGUGCCUCACCGUGCUUCAGCAUGUGAGUCCACUGGUUGUUCUUUUGGAUGCUUAUAAUCUCUAGAGCACGUGCCAUCGUGAAGACGUUAUUCUUGUAAUUACUGGAUUUUUGGCUGUGAGUAACUUGCUUUAGAAUUUGGAAAUGGGAGCUUCUUUUUAGUUUUCUUCUUAGCCAAACCACCUGCUUUUGCAUUCAGAGGGUCAUUGUGAUGAGAUGAGAGUGUUCAUCUUAUCAGUGUGGAUGCUGAACAGUGUACUUUGGAGUUGGCCGUUUAUGGUAGGCAUUUCCAGCAGCACAUUGUGAUUCUUGCUGAGCACCGGUUCUUGUGACCACCUACUGUGAAGCAGUGUUAACAUCCAAGAAAUCAGGAUGGAUGGUUAUUGCAAUUCUGAAAUAUUACAUUUUUCCUCAGUAUUCUUGCAAACCCUUUGAGUGGUGAUGGGUGGGAGGAUGGGCUGUGGAGGCGUUACAUUGUGAUGAGGGGAAGAAAGGAGCCUGAGGUUCUUGUGUUACGUGGUGAGGAGAGAACAGUGAUCUGGAGAGUAUAGCAUGGUGGUGUUAUGGAAGAGAGGAGGACAUUGAUUCAGCAUAUAGGUAACUAUAUAGUUGGAAGUGGAGAGUAUUAGGCAGAACAAAUCCAGUGUAAGUAAACAACUCGAUAUGGAGAGCAAGUCAAAAUAGUUCUGUAGAAGAUUAUCUUUGAUGUGGAAUCAUUGCUUCUGAGCACAAUGUACACUGAUGGCUGAAGUAUGUCUGCGUGUCAUAGAAUCAUAGAAUCACCAAGGCUUGGAAAAGAUCUACAAGAUCAUCCAGUCCAAACAUCCACCUAUCACCAAUAGUUCUCAAUAAACCAUGUCUCUCAAUGAUAUGUCUAAAUGUGCCUUGAACACCACCAGGGUCAAUGACUCCACCCCCUCUCUGGGCAGCCCAUUCCAGCUUUCAGAGUGACAUCCAACCUGAAUCUCCCCUGGCACAACUUGAAGCCAUUCCUUCUAAUCCUAUUGCUAGUUAUGUGGAAGAAGAGGCCAACCCCCAGCUCACUGCAACCUCCCUUCAGGUAGUUACAGGGAGUGAUAGCUUCUCCCCUGAGCUUCCUCCUAUCCAGACUGACCAAUCCCUGCUCCCUCAGUUGCUUCUCAUAAGGCUUGUGCUCCAGACCCCUCACCAGCUUCGUUGCCCCUCUGUGGACGCUCUCCAGGGCCUCAAUGUCUUUGUUGUAGUAAGGAGCCCAAAAAUUGAAUGCAGUACUUGAGGUACAGCCUCACCAGUGCUGAGUACAGAGGUACGAUUACCUCCCUGCUCCUGCUAGCACUACUAUUUCUGAUACAAGCCAGGAUGCUGUUGGCCUUCUUGGCCACCUGGGCACACUGCUGGCUCAUGUUCAGCUGAGCAUCAACCAGUAUCCCCGGAUCCAUUUCCUCUUUGCUCUUCCAGCCACUCUGCCCCAAGCUUGUAAUGUUGCCUGGCAUUGCUAUGGCCAAAGUGCAGGACCCAACACUUGGUCUUGUUGAACCUCAUCCCUCUGGCUUCAGGCCAGUGAUUAUCUGACAGCUUCCAUGCGUCUCAUGCAACUUUCAGUCAUUUUUUAUAACAAAUCUCUCAUGUGAGCUGCUUAGUCAAAAAAGAUCUGUAACAAAACUGACAAUUCUAUCAAUUCUGUUAAGCUGUACACCCUUAUAAAAUGUAACACUGACAAGAAAGCUUUGACACACUUACACCUCUAAGCUGGAAGACAGCGGAGUGUUUUACCAUGAUUUUGGCAUUGUAUUUCAGCAUUCAGAAUAGGCAGAGACACAGAUCACAAUAUUACUGAACUACUACAGUCAAGGGUGGACACUCCAUCAAGUAAUCCAUCACCAGUAUACUGUGUAACAACAUUCUGUGCUGAGUCCUGCAGUCAGUUUUUAGGGUAAGCGAUUAAGAAAAGCACAAUAAACUUCUUCCCAAGGACACAACUCUGAGUGAACUAAGUGGGCAGCACCAAUUAUGCCCCGAAAGAUUUACUGUUUGUUCAUUAUAGAAAUGAGAAGAAUAUUUGCUCUAGAUCAGAGGAUGCAAUCUUAGUAGCAGGCAGAUGCAAAGUAACUCAGUAUUACUGACUUUGCUGUGUCCUUUAUGAGAGAUUGUUUUGUGUAAAUAUUUGUUCCUAAAGGAAAGGUGAUAGUAAGUAUAACUAUCAGUGCUAGAUGGAAUAAUAUAGAAAACAUGUACAUAGUCAAUUCAGAAUUGUACAGCUUUCAGGAUAAUCUGCACAUUAAAAGUAUAAUAUAAAAUCAAAUAGUUCAACAAUGAGGGUUGAGUGGGAGGGGAAUCAGCAAGUUUCAUGCUCUGAAAUUCUUUGAAGGGAUAUUUAAAAAGUAAGUUAAAAUGAACUUUCCCAUACAGGUGUCCUGUUUUCUGGCUCAUCUGAGAAGAUAAUUUCUAAAUUUUACAGUUUUGAGCUACUGGAGGUACACUGUAGCACCUGUUUUUUAUUUUUUUUUUUAAUCUCUAAAUUAAUUAGAGAUAGUAUCUACAGAUCAUUUGUUAUUUUUAUUAACUUGACAUCACACAAGGCACCAUAACACCAGAAUUAAGUGAGAUUUAAGAAAUAUUACUAAAUAAGAAAGGGCAUGAACUAACUUCUGAUGAGAUUAAUGAUAAAAUGCUUGUUUAUGUCAAUGCAAGUGCUACUGCCUUUGUUUUGACCAAGAUCACGACCAAUUACAUGUUUUAAAGCAUACAGCUUUGUACCAAGAAUCUUUCAGAAAAUUCUGAUGACCUUUGAAGUUGAUUUCUGGAUGAAUAUAAUUACAAUUGAAGUUACUUAAAGAUGCUUAUCUCCUUUACAUUAACAGAAUUAAAAGGAUAACUGUGCCCUCUGUUGUGAAUUUCCUUUCCCAUAUUUAAUUCUGAUCAGCUUUUGAUUGGAAUAAGAACUGGCAAAGAAAAACAUGCUGAUUUUUUUUUUCUUGCAGUCUACAGGACUCUACAGCAUUCACACUGCAUGAGAGUAUUUCAGAUGCCUAAUGUAGUUGAUAUUAUCUAUGCUUUUUGUGUGUGUGUCUUGGCUGAACUACUUGUUUACAGAAACUAUAGCAAUUAUGAAUCUCUUAUCAAAUGUUGUAAUGAUUUUUGUUAAUUUCUUAUGCUGUUGUGGCUUUAAUCUCCUAUGUGUUGUGUUAGUAAAAGAAGUUAAAGACAUGGCAAAGUUCAUGCCAAUUUAAUGGUUAUUAUAUAUUCAGUAAUAUGCAUUUUGAUUGUAUUUUCCUAAGAAGUUCUCCAUAGAAAUUACAUGUUCUGAUAACUACUGUUGCAUCAUUAAUGCUAAGUGAACUCUGUCUUCUCAGCCUAACGUUUUAACACCUGAGACUUUUUUCCCCCAGGUUUGUGUUCACCACGUUAGAUCGUGCAGCAGCAUCCGCUUUAUAAAAUCAAAAUAUGCGUGCGUGUUUGACAAAUCUGCCUUCAACUUUAGUCAGCAGCAGCGAUUAUUCAGAACAUCUGCUGGUAAUCUUUUUCAUAAUAAAAUAUUUCGAUUUGCUCUUUUAUGAAUGUUAUGUCAGUGGCUUGAAUAUAAAUGGUAUUUAACUAUUUUUAUUGUGUACGGUUUAUUCUGUCUGAUGUCUUACACUUAAUAUUAAGCAAGCUGACUUUCCUUGUUUUUUUGUUCUUUAAGUUUCAAGUGGCCAAAUUGUCCAGUUUAAGCUUUCUGAUAUUGGAGAGGGUAUUACAGAGGUGACUGUGAAAGAAUGGUAAGCUCAGCUUCCUUAGAAAUACAUUAAGAAAUCAGCAAGUAGUUUAAAUACUAUCUGUAAUUAUCAAGUAUCAAUAAUUAUUUCAGAGAGUAUGUUUUCUAUUGAAAGACUAUUGAAGUCUUUCAAGUUUUGAUUUCCACAUUUUGAACCUUUGUAUGUAGUGACCUUUACAUUUUGUUUAUUUGUAAUCUGUUACAUUUGGGAAUAGAAAAGGUAAAUGGCAUGCCCUAACUGCACUUGUAUGUAGGCUUUCUUUCAGUGAUUACUGUUUUUAGAGGAGAUCUAGGCUGAGCUUUAGAACAUUAGAAGAAGUGACAAUUCCAGAGAAUCCACAUGGUUUUGUCCUGUACCCCUUCUCCAUUUACUUUCAUAGAAAAAUGUAAAUUGUUCCUAGAAAGGCUGCAAGUAAUAGUUUAAGCAAAAUCAAAGUGUCAAGUAGAGAAAGACAGUGUUGGAAUGCCUUGCUCUUUGUACAAAUAGGAUCAUUAGGAGGCUUGGUUUGGAAGUUACCUUAAAGACUAGCUCUCACCCCCUGCUAUGGGCAGGCAGGGCUGCCACCCACCAGAUCAGGCUACACAGGGCCCUACCUAACUUGGCCUUGAAUGCCUCCAGAGUUGGGGCAUCUACAGCUUCUCUGGGCAGCCUGUGCCAGAGUGCCACCACACUGUGAGUAAGGAAGGUAAAAUAGGAGAAAUAUUUCUUUGUAUGGGAGAUAGUUUCCCACUUCCAGAUUUUUUUCUGCAACUGAUUAUAUACUGGUCUUGACAACUUGAAACAGAGACCUUCUUCAGCUUCAAAUCAAGUUAGUCUUUUUUUCUUUCUUUUUUCUUUUUUCUUUUUUGAGGUGGUUUAUAAUCUGUCACAAAAAAAUUUUCUUAGCAGAAAUAAUAGUAAAAAUUGUGUAUGUGAUUGUAUUCUGAAAUGUGUCAUUUCACACAAGUGGUUUUGGAGCAAUCUGGUGGAAAGUAUAUAGCAAAUGUAUCAGCUGUAUUAUCUGUCACUUUAUCCAGAAUGCAUUUUGUAUUAUGAGGAUACAUCUAACUGAACUUAAUCUAAAAAAUACACACCAUAGGUUUUUAUUGUUAUAUUGUUUUAUACUAGCAUGUGUCUUUUCUCUUAGGUAUAUAAAAGAAGGUGAUAGUGUUUCUCAGUUUGAUAGCAUCUGUGAAGUGCAAAGUGAUAAAGCUUCUGUUACUAUUACUAGUCGUUAUGAUGGCAUCAUUAGAAAACUCCAUUACAAUUUAGAUGAAAUAGCUUAUGUUGGAAAACCACUUGUGGACAUUGAAAUUGAUGCUUCGAAAGGUGUUGCUCCAGAAGAGGAUGUUGUUGAAACACCAGCUAUGUCUCAUGAGGAACACACACACCAGGAGAUAAAAGGUCACAAAACAUUAGCAACGCCUGCAGUUCGUCGUCUUGCUAUGGAAAACAAUAUCAAAUUGAGUGAAGUUAUUGGAACAGGGAAAGAUAACAGAAUCCUGAAGGAAGACAUUCUCAAUUUUUUGGCCAAACAAACGGGAGCUAUCCUACCUCCAUCACCAAAGGCGUUGUCAAAAUCAGAGACAGCGCCAACUGCUCCAAAGGACAGAGCGCGCAAAAUUCCAACACCUGUUUCCAGACCCAUUGUGUUUUCAGGAAAAGAUAAAACCGAACCUAUAACAGGUUUUCACAAGGCAAUGGUAAAGACUAUGAGUGCUGCCUUAAAGAUCCCUCACUUUGGUUAUUGUGAUGAGAUUGACUUGACUCACCUUGUUCAGUUGCGAGAAGAGCUCAAACCUUUAGCACGAAGUCGUGGAAUUAAGCUUUCCUUUAUGCCUUUCUUCAUUAAGGCAGCUUCUCUAGGAUUAUUGCAGUAUCCCAUUCUUAAUGCUUCUUUGGAUGAAAACUGUCAGAAUGUCACUUACAAGGCUUCACACAACAUUGGAGUUGCUAUGGACACAGAACAAGGUUUAAUUGUCCCAAAUGUGAAAAAUGUUCAAGUCAGUAGUAUCUUUGAGAUUGCUUCUGAAUUAAAUCGCCUACAAGCCUUGGGCUCUGCCGGCCAGCUGGGAACAAAUGACCUCACUGGGGGAACAUUCACCCUUUCAAAUAUUGGCACAAUUGGUGGUACUUACGCCAAAGCAGUGAUUCUACCUCCUGAAGUCGCUAUUGGAGCACUUGGAAAGAUACAGGUUCUUCCUCGAUUUAAUGGGAAAGGUGAAGUAUUUAAAGCACAGAUAAUGAAUGUGAGCUGGUCAGCUGAUCACCGUAUUAUUGAUGGAGCUACAAUGGCCCGUUUUUCUAACCUCUGGAAAUCUUAUUUGGAGAACCCUGCUUCGAUGCUGCUAGACCUUAAAUAAAGGAAAUCAUGGCUAGAAUAUGCCUUUAAACUGUGUUAGACUGAAUAACUACAAAAGCUGGCUUUGCUAGCACAUGCCCUUUGCUACUCAUAUUAUAUAAUAACUUUCUGUGGUUAAAAGUUCUCAACAGCUGAUAUCAGUCUAUCAAUUAAUUGUUACUUCUUUUAAUUAGUAGUGCUGUAUUUUCUUCUACAGCAGGCUGUCAAUAGGUCAUGGCACAACUUCUGAACAUGGUGAUGUUUGAUUGUCUUUAUUUUGCCUUCUGUAAUACAUAUGAUUGUAAGACUGGUGUAAAUGAAUCACUGAUCUACAUCUGUCAUAUUUUUAAACAGGUUAACUCAUUUUGAAGGUGAAAACGCACAGUUCUUCUUUGUUGGAAACACAUUUAUCUUAACAGAUAAUAUCAAAAUUUCCAAAAGAAGUUAUGCAAAAUUAAGUGCAAAUAAAAUGUCAAUUAUGCUUCUGCUGUAA